AGAAUCCGCCCACAGAAUAAAAACAAAGGACGCGCACUUGUCAACAAACACAGACGCUGAUGGAAACGCGCGCCCACAAAGCAUAAAGGGAAGGGACGCCCACCACCAACUCAUCCAUCAAAUCAACUAAACAUGUCUGGACGCGGAAAAGGAGGAAAAGGAUUGGGCAAGGGAGGAGCAAAGCGUCACCGCAAAAUUCUGCGUGACAACAUCCAGGGUAUCACCAAGCCUGCAAUCCGUCGUCUCGCUCGUCGUGGCGGUGUCAAGCGUAUCUCCGGUCUCAUCUACGAGGAGACACGCGGUGUCCUCAAGACCUUCCUCGAGGGUGUCAUUCGUGAUGCAGUCACCUACACUGAGCACGCCAAGCGCAAGACCGUCACCUCGCUCGAUGUUGUCUAUGCCUUGAAGAGGCAGGGCCGCACCAUCUACGGAUUCGGUGGUUAAACAACCCCUUCAACGAAGUCUAUGGCUUUAUCUUUUUGGGCCUUGUACAUACACACAGUCAUACCCUGAAACCAAUCCAUUGUCUGUACUCUUGUCUUUCCUUCUCCCUUGAUCUU